AGUUCUAUUAUAAAAAAAGUUAUAAUUUGCUCACACUGUUUUGUUUAGGAAACAUCGUUAAUGUUAACUCAGGUGAAAAAAAGAACUUAUUUUACAAUCUUUUGAGAAGAAUUUAUCAUACUGAUGUAAACUGUAAUUUAUACACAUUUGCACAGGUUACACUUUAUAGGGAAAUAUUUUAUACAACCACUGUAAUUACUUCACACCAAAUUUGCUACUGUUUGAGCAUUCUAGCAUCUUAAGACAUGGCUUCUGUAAAAGUGGCAGUCAGGGUUCGACCUUUUAACCAAAGAGAAAUUGAAAUGAACAGUGAAUCAAUUAUACAGAUGGAGGGACAAACAACAAGAAUAAUUAAUCCAAAAAUUCCUGCAACUUGCUCUGAAGGAGAUGGUGGUCGUGAGAGAAUAAAAACAUUCACGUUUGACUAUUCUUACUGGUCCUUUGAUGAUCAAGAUGAACAUUUUAUUGGACAAGAAAAGGUUUUUGAAGACCUAGGUAAAGAAGUGAUUGAAAAUGCUUUUGAAGGAUACAAUACUUGUAUAUUUGCUUAUGGACAGACAAGCUCUGGAAAGACUUUCACCAUGAUGGGUACCCCAGGUUUUGAAGGUCUUAUUCCAAGAAUUUGUGAGGCCAUGUUCUCAAGAAUGAAAUCAAAGUCCAACUCUGGAACUACUUUCAGAACAGAAGUCAGUUAUUUGGAAAUUUACAAUGAGAAAGUGAAGGACCUUUUGAAGAAAAGCAGCAAUCAGCACAGUCUUCGUGUUCGAGAACAUCCAAAGUUUGGUCCUUAUGUGCAAGAUCUCUCCCAUCAUUUGGUGAUGGAUUUUUCUGAUGUGCAGGAAUUAAUGACCAGAGGGAAUUCCAGAAGAACCACAGCAUCUACAGCCAUGAAUGAUGUCAGCAGUAGAUCACAUGCUAUAUUUACUCUAACAUUUACUCAGGCCACAUUCCACCGAGACAUGCCUAGUGAAACAGUUAGCAAAGUGAAUCUAGUUGAUCUUGCUGGAAGUGAACGAGUAGCUUCAUCAGGAGCAACUGGACAAAGACUGAAAGAAGGAGCUCACAUAAACAAAUCUUUAGUGACACUUGGAACAGUCAUUUCUGCUUUAGCGGAUACAUCAAGUAAUGUGACCAAGAAGCAAGCUUUUAUCCCAUAUCGAGAUUCUGUGCUCACUUGGCUUCUAAAAGAUAGUUUGGGAGGAAACACCAAAACCAUGAUGAUUGCAACAAUAUCACCAGCUUUGUGUAAUUAUGGAGAGAGUCUUAGCACUUUAAGGUAUGCCAACAGAGCUAAGAAUAUUAUUAAUAGACCUACUAUUAAUGAGGAUUCUAAUGUCAAGCUUAUACGAGAACUUCGCAAAGAGAUUGCUCACUUGAAAGAGCUUCUUGGAGAAAGUGUGAAGUCAUCUCCCAUGAUGGUGGAGAGAAUCCAUGAAAAUGAAGCCAGGGUAAAAGUACUGACAGAAGAAUGGACAGGAAAGUGGAAGGAAACACAAAAAAUAUUAAAGGAGCAAAGAACCCUUGGUCUACGUAAGUCUGGUCUAGGUGUUGUGCUAGAUUCAGAACUACCACAUCUUGUAGGAAUUGACGAUGACUUGUUGAGCACUGGAAUAACUCUUUACCACCUUCAGGAAGGAAAGACCCUUAUUGGAACACAAAAUGCACCAAUAAAACAAGAUAUAGUACUGAAUGGAGUGGAAGUUGAGAAUCAACACUGUAUUAUCCAGCUAGAGAAUGGCAAAGCUACCCUCAUACCUUUAGAAAAAGCUCAAUGUUUUGUCAAUAACAUUGCAAUUGAUUCCCCUACCAAACUAUCACAUGGUUGUGUAAUUCUGCUUGGGUUGACGAACAUGUUCCGUUUCAAUGAUCCUGCUGAGGUAGAAAGACUGCGAAAGGAAAAAGAAAAGGGAGCCACUUUAAAUUUGCCACGGUUGUCAUUAUUGAGCCGUUCAACAUCCGACUUGGCUAGAUCUGUUGAAAACUUAAAUUCUCCAAGGCUUGAAAUAGAAAGCUUGAAGGCAUUUCAUGGAGAAGAAUUGGAAAUAAAAAGAAAACAAAUUCAAGAACUUGAAGAUCAACAUAGAAUUGCCGAGGUAAAACGACAGAAGGAACAAGAGAUAUUAGAGGAAAUGUUGGAGCAAAAGCACAAAGAAUUAGCCAUGUUGCAGGAGAAAAAUGAAAACCUUCAACAACAGCUGCAACAAUCUACAGAAGAAAUGUCUGAAAAUGAAAGAAAACUGGAUAGUGAAAAGAUGAGUAGAGAGAAAGAGUUGAUGGGAAAUAUUCAAGAGAUUAAUCUGGAACUGGAAGAGCUAAGGAAACAAGAAAAAGAUUACUUACAGACGUUCUCUAAAGCUCGACAAUUGUUGCAAGAGAGAAAAUCACAACUUUUUACUGAAGUAGAAAAUCAACGUCAGGAGUUAAUGGAAGAAUGGAAACGUAUAGAGAACUACAAAUCAAAAGAAUUGCAGCUGAAAGAGAGUAAAGAGACUGAACUACGUGAAGAAAAGGAGACAGUAGAGUGGUUGCAGCAACAGAAGUACCUCCAGGCUGAACUUCAGGCUAAACAACUGAAGCUUCUUCAGUGUGAGAUGGAGAUUAUAGAAGAUGCAGAAGCCAAGACAAUCACCAGUUCAUCACCUCAAAACAAGAAGAAAGAAACCUCGUUUAAUAAGUACAAGAAUAAAGUGGAGAAAGUAAUAGCUGAUCAUGAAAAAUAUAUUAACUUGAAACUGCAUGAUUUUCACCAACAGGUUGCAAUGGAGAAGGAAUGUCUGGAAGAUAUGAGACGUACUGUCUCUUUGAAAGUAAUGGAUAUACAGCAAAGAGCAAAAGGCGUGGACCCAACUGAUCUUGAAACUGAUUUUCAAUACACUCAAAAACUUUCUAAUUUAGAAGAAGAAAGAAAUAAUAUCUGUAAAGAACUAAGUAAGAUUUUAUCCCGUGAGGCUUUGAUUAAAGACAUGUUUAGCACAGAGCUUGAAUUCUUAAAAAGUAACAAACAAAAGCUUUUGGAUGAAAUUCCAUCAAGUUCUGAAGUGAAGGAACUAGCUUUUUCAAAGUAUUUUGAGCAAAGAGAACUUGAGAAUAAAAUUUGUUCACUUACGAAGAAGUUGAGUGAAUUAGUGGAACAGCACAAAAAAGCAUUUAAAAAUACAAGGAAAGAAGAGAUAAAAUUCAAUAGGAAAAAAGAUCUCGUAGAGACUGUUCAACAGAGGGAACAAGAAGAAAUAAAAGAAAAAAUCCAAUUAGUACAGAAACUUGAGAAUAAAGAAGAAGAUUUGGAAAGGAAGGAAAGAGAAACACUGGAAGACAUUGAAAAUUCAAAAGCAAGGUUGAAAGAGAUUGAAUUGUCUCUGCAGUCCCAGAUUGCAUCUCAAAAUUCCUCACAGUCAUCUGUCAAUGAGGCGCUGAUUAAUCAGAUAGAUGAAGAAAACAGUUGUGGAGUGUAUGCAACAGUAAGAAGAGAAUUUUUUGAAGAGCAAACUCCUAAUUGUAGUUUACUUAUAGAUAGUAAACACGAUUCAAUAGAAAAACUUAGAAGUCAUGAUGGAACCUCAGAAGAAUUAGAGAGAAAAUUAAUGGAAAUUAACAUUUUGGAAAUGGAGUAUACAACUCUUAAGCAAGAUCUUGAAGAAAAGAAGAAAGCUUUUGAACAGGAGAGACAGUAUGAAUUAGACCACAUAGAAGUAGAAAAAUUUCACUUGCAGGAACUGGAGCAUCAAGAAAGAAUAAAUAUCCUUGUGGAACAAGAAGUUCAACGACGACUUUUUGAAGAGCAACUUAGGAAAGAAUAUUUGCUUCAAGAAGAGCACUUGCAGGAACGAAGUAAUCGAGAAAGAGAACUUAAUGAUAUAAGAAAUUAUCAUGAAAAGGAACUGAAACACCUUAGGCAAAGAUUAGAAAUAAACAGGAGUGCAAGCCCAAUGUUGAAUAACAUUUCUUCGGACAGGACAGCAUCUGCUGCUACUAAUGACCUAGCAGAAACUGGUCAGGAGGUAAAAAUUUCCAUUCCUUCCUACACAAUGCGAGGCAGUGGUGGAGACGCACAUUACGAGUAUGAAGUUAAGGUUAAUGUGAAUGGAGAAAGCUGGACUAUAUGUCGACGUUACAAAAGGUUCAGGGAACUCCAUCAAUUUAUGAAGCUGAAGUAUGGUGACAAAAUGAAGAUGCCAUAUUUUCCUCCUCGUCGAAUGUUUGGAAGUAAAUCGGAAAAAGUAGUAGAACAGAGAAAGGUUUAUUUACAGGAAUACUUGCAGAAUCUAGUAGCUUCUUGUAUGAAAGUUGAAGGCUGCCCUUUAAACCGACCUGUCAGUCAACAGUUAUGCAAGCAACAUCUGUGGGACUUUGCUUCUUUCUUUAAAAAAGGUGUUUUUGAAAGUAGUAAACAUGGCACUGGUUGAUAUGGUGGAAUGAUUAUCUUGUCACAUAAUAGACUGUAUGGCUCAAACUGUUGAAUUUACUUUAUCAAGGUGGGCGUGAUGAAUUUGAGAAGUGGUUCUACUGAUCUCUUUAAUUUGCAAAUGAAAUAAUCUAUCUCUAGAAAAUACUUUAAGAAUUUUAAAUAUGCUCUCUAUGUUUCAUAAAUUUGUGAAGAUGGGGGGAGAUAGCUAACAUGAGCUGUAUUUGUAACUAUUGUACAUCUGAACUUACAUUUUGUAACAAACGUAAACAUGACUCUUAAAGUUAUGUCACUGAUUGAAUAUUUCACACUAGGUUUGAAAAGUAGAUAACUUGUAAUACAAAAAAAAAAAGCUGACAACCCAAGCUUUUCAGAGAUACAACUUCCUUCUAAGGUGAAUAUGGAAAGAGAUCAUUUCCAUUUUGCCUUCCAAAGUUUUUUGAAUUCUAAUAAAUGAUAUUCGUUUUUUAUUACAAAUAAAGUGGGCAGUACAUUGGUAAAGUGAUUAAUUUUCUAGAAAAAAUAAAUAUAAUCUUUACAUUGAAGUUAUUAUAUCAAAGUGAACUGCCUUUAAGAGCUAAGAAUGUUUGAGUUACACCGUCUUCAACAGUAAUUUUUAUUUAUUAUUUUUUUAUGUUUUUAUCAAAUGUUUCAAUUACCAGUAUUGUUUUAUCCAUAUUUAUUAGUGAGAUAUUUUGUGUAAGAAAAUUUGUUUGAAGGUUCACAUUUUAGGUUUGGGCAACUAUCAUAUAAGGAAUCCAUCUUUCAGGUUGGUGGAUUAUUAAAGUAAACUAGCCUUCAACAGCUGUACAUUUUGAUGUUUGCUUCAAGAAAUAUUAGCUAGGUAACAGAUAGAAAAAAUUGUAAGUUUCAAUAUCUGUAGGACUGACAGUUAAAAUUAUCUUUAAAAGUUAUUACUGAGAGUGUGAGUUUUGUUGUUUCUUCUAAUAAAAUUUAAUUUUAUCAAUGUACAUUUUUCAUAUUCCUGAGUAAACAUAAGAUGUGGUGUGAAGUUAAUCACCUCCAGAUGUUAUUGAUGCCAAUGGAUGGUCACUAGGACAAGAUGUUAGUUAAAUUUUGUGCAUAAGCAACAAGUCACCAUAAUUUUUAACCCUUUCAUCAUGGGCUGAUGCAGUUUGCAGCAGCUCUACUGGUGAAGGACAUUUAUGCAAAAAACAUACAAUAACUCUGAGUAUUCCUCACAGAACCUUGUAAAAUUUUGGUAAAAAGUUAAUGUAUAGUAGUUACUUUCAUUAAAACUGUUAAAAUAG